GGUCUAGGGCAGGAGUGGCUAUACGGUCCGGUCCGGUUAAAUUGGACCAAAUUUAUCCGGUCCCAGUCCGGUCUUUUCGGGAAUAUAAGGACCAAAGAUUGGAUUGGAUACAGUUCGGUUUUGACCCGGUCCGGUCCCAAUUUUAUCUUGAUUUUAGGUGUUGGGGGUCUCUUAUCCGGUUUUUUAUCUCAAAUCUAAGCCCGAAUAUGAGAUUGCAUUGUUUGUUAUCCGGUCCCAGUCCGAUCCUAGUCCGAGUUAUACGGUCUGAUUUCGAGUAAAAUCAAACAGUCCGGGACCAAAUAGUCAACCCUAGUCUAGGGCUUGGCUUGUGCCGUAUCCAAGAAACCUCCUCUUCCUUUGCCUAAAUUCCCGCACAUGCAGCCAGGUAAGCAAAAUGUCCCAAGCCACUUGUGACGAAAGCAAUGAUGAGCGUUCUCCCCUCACCCAAUGAAAAUCCGCCACGUAACCAACCGGCCGAGCCCAGAAAAAAAAUAAAUGUCCAGAUUCAAUGAACCAUGAAAUCCGUUGCAUUUCGCCUUUAGCCAUCUCUUAUUAUUUAACGGCACUUCCCUAACACUACCGAAUCUAAAACCGGCGACCGCAAAAAAAUUAGAGCUACCAAACAAUCCCAAUUUUUCCUCCUCUGAAUUCAUUUUCCGGGAAAGUACACAGGAAAAACCAAACAAAGCCAUCCCGCCGGCCGCAAGAACCAAUCCAGAGAACACUCAUUGCACAAACUCACCAUGGCUUUCGUCGCGACCUCUUCUUCCACCACCGCAAUUUCGGCUUCGAAUCUCGCUCGCUCUACUGCUUCUUCUUCCUCCGAGCCCAAAGCUCUACGAAUCGGCUCGUUCCGAUUGUUGGAUCAUCAUCCCUCCACCGCCACCGCCGUCAACCUAUCUUCUUCUCGUAAGCGCUCCUCCGCUGUAAGGCCGGUGAAUGCUGAGCCGAAGCGUAACGAUGGAAUCGUUCCUCUCGCCACCGCCGUCGCCACUCCCGUAGUGGCGGAGAAAUUGGAGGUGGAUGCGGAGGCGGAAGACUACGAGCAGCUGGCCAAGCAGCUCGAGAACGCUUCUCCCUUGCAAAUUAUGGACAAGGCUCUCGAGAAAUUCGGCGACGAUAUUGCAAUCGCUUUCAGUGGCGCGGAAGAUGUAGCCUUGAUUGAAUACGCCAAGCUAACAGGGCGCCCAUUCAGGGUAUUCAGCUUGGACACCGGCAGAUUAAACCCGGAAACGUACCAAUUCUUCGACGCAGUAGAGAAGCACUACGGAAUCCGGAUCGAGUACAUGUUCCCCGACGCAGUAGAAGUGCAGGCACUAGUUCGCAGCAAAGGGCUGUUCUCAUUCUACGAGGACGGCCACCAAGAGUGCUGCCGGGUCCGGAAAGUCAGACCUCUACGCCGAGCUCUGAAGGGUCUCCGCGCUUGGAUCACCGGCCAGAGAAAGGACCAGUCGCCUGGAACCCGGUCCGAGAUCCCAGUCGUGCAAGUGGACCCUGUUUUCGAAGGACUUGACGGCGGAGCAGGCAGCUUGGUCAAGUGGAACCCGAUGGCCAACGUCGACGGUGGAGAUGUCUGGAAGUUCCUCCGCGCAAUGGAGGUGCCUGUCAACUCUCUGCACGCUCAGGGGUACGUGUCGAUCGGUUGCGAGCCCUGCACGCGAGCAGUCCUCCCGGGGCAGCACGAGAGGGAAGGGAGAUGGUGGUGGGAGGAUGCCAAGGCCAAAGAGUGCGGCCUCCACAAGGGGAACUUGAAACAGGACGCUCAAGAAGUGACAGUCAAUGGAACUGGAAUCCGCGACUUGUUCGAGGCGAGGAACCUCGUGGCAUUGAGUAGGAACGGGAUCGAGAACUUGUUGAAGUUGGAGAAGAGGGAAGAGCCGUGGAUCGUCGUGCUGUACGCUCCCUGGUGCCAGUUCUGCCAGGGGAUGGAGAGCUCGUACGUCGAGUUGGCGGAGAAAUUGGCGGGGAGUGGAGUGAAGGUUGGGAAGUUUCAGGCGGAUGGCGAGCAGAAGGAGUUCGCGAAGCAGGAACUGCAGCUGGGGAGCUUUCCGACGAUCCUCUUCUUCCCCAAACAUUCGUCGAGGCCGAUCAAGUAUCCUUCGGAGCAGAGGGAUGUUGAUUCGCUGAUGGCGUUCGUGUCCGCUUUGAGGUAAUCUGGGUUUUGGAAGCUGGAAAUUCUGGUUGUCUGUGUCUCCUGUGAAUGCAUGAAGGUCGUUUGAAGAUGGGAAUAAUGGGAGUGAGAGAGCUUCAUGGGAGCAGAACUUAGUUGUUUGCUUCAUGUUAUAUUAGGAUGGUAGUUUUUGUUAGCAGGAGUAGUUGCCUAGUUGUACCUGUGUUUAGCUUUCUUUGAUUUCUGUCUGUAUAGAAGGGAUCGGGGAGAUGGAGUCGAUAGUCUCCUGAAAGAGCAAAAUUUUGGGUUUAUAGGAUAGAUGAACAGUGGGGGCGUAAUUGUUGCCGUUCUAAUGGAAUGUGUUUCGCCAUCGUGGUCGGUAUUUGACAUGGAGAUUAGAGAUUUGAAGUGGGCAAAUCAGUUAAACGGAUUGGGUCGCGUUCGCUGUUGGAGUCGCCAUCAAUCGUACUUGGAGUCGUGGCCAGAUGUGUACAACAAGACUACAUAAGUGAUAAGUCGAUGGAUUGACUGGGGCGUUUAGGAGUUCAAUAGUAUGAUUCGAGGAAGAUAAUCUGAGGAUCCAGCUGCAAGUUCUAGCUAGGAAAAGGACUAUUAUGUAAAGGUUAUUUACUUUGUGGACUUAAUACGAAAUCUGUAUACGCCUUGCUACGAGUAGAAUACCGUAGAAAUAUUCAUUCCGUAUCUUUGUAGUAAACUCUCUGAUUAUGGAAACUGAACUAGCUUUGCAUUGCCUGCUGAAUGUAAAAUAAAGCAUAUUCAAAAGAGAGACUCCAACGUACUCUAAACAUUCAACCAAGAAAAAUGCAGGAAAAAGGUGGUGCAAAGUGAGAAAAAGGAGUCAAAACUGUCUAUUGUAUGGCCAAAAUUCCGUGCAACAUCAGUUUGUUAACACAAACAAACGUUCUUUCUGUCAGAAGUUACACCCAUUGAGAUUUCCCAUAUGAGAAAGGAUAGGUGGUUUCAAGCUUCCCAACAAUUUGUACACGUUUAGCUCCAAAAAAGUUUUCGUGAUCUUCCCCCCCCUGCUACCAAAAACCUGCAUUUAUCAAAACCGAACCUACAUUACUUCCAAGAGAAAAGGAAAAAAGGAGCGAACAAUGA